CUCCGCCCUGAGUGAAGCGGUAUAAACAGAAAAGUUUGAGGUUGACCGUCGGACGGCAAAAACGACACGAAAAAUCGCGGAUUUUCCCCAGUUUUCACCAUGAGCUGCUGUAGUGGGAGGUGUACACUCAUAGCGUUAUGUUUUCUACAGUUGAUUGCUACAGUAGAGAGACAAGUGUUUGACUUCCUGGGCUACAUGUGGGCUCCCAUCAUUGGGAACUUCUUCCAGAUCAUCUGUGUCAUACUGGGACUGUUCGGCACCUAUCAGUACAGACCAAGAUAUAUUGUGGUGUACUGUACGUGGGGAGUUCUGUGGGUGGCCUGGAACAUUUUUGUCAUCUGUGUAUACCUGGAACUGGGCAGUCUCACUGUAGAAACGCCAGCGCUGACGCUGGGCGCGCCACAGAGCAUCAGCUGGUGGCGGGAGCACGGGAUUGGCUGUCAGGUCUCCAACUCCACAGCAGCGUCGACCAAUCCCGUCGUCUCCGGCUGCCUGCUGGACUUCACUUAUGUAGAAAUGAUCCAUGCUGCAAUUCAAAUUUUACUGGCUAUCAUAGGGUUCAUCUACGGCAUCUAUGUGGUGUACAUGUUCACAGAAGAAGACGACAGUUUUGACUUCAUAGGUGGUUUUGACUCGUACUCAGCGUACCAGGCUCCACAGAAAACCUCCCACAUGCAGCUGCAGCCCAUGUAUGUUACCAGUUCUACUUGUUAGUCACAGGUGAAGGGAAAAACUUCUUUCUCUGGAGGGACGGCCCAGCAGUGGAAUAGAUGUGGAAAACUCCCCACCCUUCAUCUAAAGUAACAACCCACACUACAGGAGGGCAGGCUGACUGUGUAACCUUACACACACAACUGUGAUCUCUCUCCCAGCGCAUGCUGUCCACCCCCAUUUGUCUAAUUCGGAUGGUCCAGAAUGUGUGACCACUUGUAGUAACUAGUGUAGAUCUGGGCAAUACUACUGUCGAAGCGGGGGUGUUUUUUGCCCCUGAUGUUCUUUGUAUAUAUGUAUGUCUCUGGCCUGAACCAUUACAGUAGCAAUAGGGUAGUCGUAACUGUUGGCAUUUUUGGACCAUUCCACUUUCAAAUGGGGAGGUACAGGUCUUCUGUUGUGGGAAAGGGAAAAAUUUGGUGCUGCAUAUGACAAAAGAAAGAGUGUGUGCUUAAUGAAAAAAGUUGGUAUUAAAUUAAAAGUGGCACCGUCCAAGAUAUUUUUGGUUAACAAAAAAAGCACAUACCUCAUAUAAUUGAAAAUACUAUUCGUAGACAAAAAAAAGUAGAGAAAGCCUAUUACAGAAUCUAUGUAUAUCUAUGGCUGAAGAUUUAAGAAUACAGGAAUCUUUCCACCAAAGUUAAAAUCAACUUCAUUGUGAGAAAUAGUUUAAACUUUAAAAGAAGAGAGGAUAUGGUAGUACUCUGUACGGCUGAGUCGAAAUAGUACAGAAAAAAAGUAUAAAAGAAUGACAGGGAAAAAGAAAAAGUAUGUAUAAGAUUGAAACAUUAUAUAGGGAAAGUCUGAAGGGUAUUGGCCAAAGUGUGUACAUGUAUAUGCAGGAAUGGUCUAUGAUCAACGUCAGGGUAGGAAGACGUGAAGAAAAGACAAUUUUGCAGACUCUGAGUUUCUUACAGUUAAAUCUACACAGUAUAGGGUUGAAUAAAGUAAAUGGAAGCAGAGAGGUACAAUUACAAGUACAUGUGUGCAUGAAAGAGAGUUGUCUUGUAUGAACUCAGUUUGAACACAGUAUCUUUUGUCAGCAAUUCUAAAUAGUGGACUUUUUGUACAGAAUACUGUCACUGAUAUUACUGUAGGUUGUUUGCGUUGAUUAAACCCUACCAGUGAGUCUUGCCUACUUAUGGACAUAACUGCAUAAGUGAAGAAGGUUUGAAAAUGUUUUGAGGCCACACCAAUAUAUUUCCUUGGUUCCAGACAUUUCAAAGUACAAAUGUAGCAUGAAGACAAAACACAAGACAGAAGGCUGGGUGGAAAACUUGCAUUUGCCUAAUAAUAUAUCUAGUAGGCUUUUUUGUCAAAAUUUUUGGUGUAGUCUUUUUUGUCAGACUCUGCUAAUUUUUUAUCACUGCAGUCAAGGAUCUCAUUUUUAAGACCCAACAAAUUGAAUUGGUGUGGCCUAAGAGAAACAUUUGGGUUUGAAUGGAAGAAAAUUGGCAGUUGGGAAUUACGAUGAUUGUAGCAGUUUUUCUGUUAUUAUUUCUCUGUUGUCUCGAGAUGUGGUCUAUUAUAUAGAUGCACCACAGGCAGAUCAAUGAUUGUAACAAUGAUGUCAAAUUUAUUUUGUAAUGAGUUGUACAGAUGUUUUCAGGACAGUGUAUAUGUUUAUUAUUCUGUAGGUUUUACUAUAAUUGUGAGUUUUAAGUACUGUACCUCUUUGUUGUAGUUAAAUGUUAUUACAUUGGAUAUAAGAUUCAUAUACUCAAGAUAAUUUAGCACUAGAAUGGCUUAAGUUUUAGAAUUGAGAGGUCAUUUCUCAGUGUUAUUUGUUGAAUUCUGUCUUUAUUGCCUUGUUUCGUGCAUAAUUCUGUAUUGUAUAGUGGUUAUUGUUUGCUUGUAGUGCUUCUGGAGUUUUCGCUGUACUGGAAUGCCGGCUAUCAGUCAGUGGUGGUACUGCAUCAAGAGUCAAGGCAAUUUUAAAUCACACCAACCUAUCAUAUUCUGUUAUUGCACUAAAGAUAUCAGCAAUGGUACCAGUUGGCUUUCAGAUGAAUUGCUGAUUAAGUAAGUUCUGAAGUUCUCCUAAGGACCAUGUUUCAUGUUAUAUGUUGCGAUCGUAGAAAAAUGAACAGUAUUUUCCUUUGUUUUUGCAGUUGCUUGCACUUUGCCAAACCAAUGAUCAAACUAUGAAAAUUUUGCAUAAAUAUAGUAAAUAUUCUGUCGGCAAUCGUUCAAACACAUUUUACAAGUUUCAACAUUCAACUCGUGCUACAUGUAGCAUUUGCUCUGUUUCUAAGUAUGUCGGUAAAAAAUUAGAAAAACCGUCUUUUUAGCAUAGGUGAAAAUCCAACUGCCAGUAAUGAGUUCAUUUCAAUUAAAGAUACUUAAAUUUGCUCUGGAAUCCAUCUAAAUCCCAUUAUCUUGAUUCUUGUAGCUACUAGUUUUCUAUUUGUGAAUGAAUAGAAGAGUUCUACUGGCUACACUAGAGGUAGAGACCAUUCUAAUAUUAACCUUCUCCCUGCUGUAUUAGACUUUCAGCACCAAAUCUAUGUUGGUCGCAGGGUUAGGCGGCAGGGAGAAGGUUAAUUUGCUUCAGUUUCUUGUGAAAUUACUGGCAAAAAUUCUUGUUUCUCGGUUGAAACAUUAAAAGUUGAGGAAUUAGAGAGAAGAGACGAUAGUUAAACUGUGAGAUGUUGGAAAGGUUUGUACAUUUAACAAAGUCUGUGUGGACACGUUUGUAAGUUUGUACUCUUUCCAUUGUACAUUUGUAUAAUGUAAAUACAAUUUGUGCUUUGCUAAAA